AACAAAGAAUUCACUCAAUUCAGAGCCCAGCCAAAAGAAUUCUCAUAACCGCUCCUGCUUAAGAAUAUUGUAGUUAUUGUGUAAUAUUAGCUAUUAGUAGCGAUAAACAGCUCUGAAAAAGUUAUCAUCUUUGUCGUUUCCCUCAGGGAAUGCGGAAAGAUGAGAGGUCCUGCGUUGAGGAACACUGACAUAAGCUUCACCGCCACCGAGUGCCGUAUCGGCGGCCGGAAUUGCCACCGGAAACACGUCGAAGACGGGUGAAUCUGACGCAGAUCUCCGUUUUCUUGUAAAUAUACCCAUUUCAGAUUUUACCUUUUUGUUGUUCCCCCUUUGUCGUGGAUUUUUCUUUUUCUGUUUGUAAAAAUGGCUGAACAAGGCAAAGACUGUCACUCGGCUCUGCUCCAUGGAAAGUACGAGCUGGGUCGGCUUCUGGGUCACGGAACAUUCGCGAAGGUGUAUCAUGCUCGGAACUUACAGACGGGGAAGAGCGUGGCGAUGAAGGUCGUGUCGAAAGAGAAGGUGAUAAAAGUGGGAAUGAUGGAACAGAUCAAGAGAGAAAUCUCAGUGAUGAAAAUGGUGAAGCAUCCCAACAUUGUCGAGCUUUACGAAGUCAUGGCCAGCAAAUCCAAGAUUUACAUCGCCAUGGAGCUCGUUCGAGGUGGCGAGCUCUUCAAUAAAAUCGCUCGAGGUCGGUUGAAAGAAGACGUGGCCAGAGUCUAUUUCCAGCAAUUGAUCUCCGCCGUCGAUUUCUGCCAUAGCCGCGGCGUCUACCACCGCGACCUCAAGCCGGAGAAUCUGCUCCUCGACGAGCAUGGAAAUCUCAAAGUCACAGAUUUUGGUCUCAGCACUUUCUCCGAGCACUUACGGCAGGAUGGUUUGUUGCAUACUACCUGUGGUACCCCGGCGUAUGUGUCUCCGGAGAUAAUCAGUAAAAAAGGCUACGACGGCGCCAAGUCGGAUAUUUGGUCUUGCGGGGUCAUCUUAUACGUCCUUCUCGCCGGAUUCUUACCCUUUCAGGGCGACAAUUUGGUUUCCAUGUACAAAAAGAUUUACAGAGGCGACUUCAAAUGCCCGCCGUGGUUUUCAUCGGAAGCUCGACGACUCAUUACGAAACUCCUCGACCCGAACCCCAACACUCGAAUUACGAUUUCAAAAAUCAUGGACUCAUCGUUCUUCAAGAAAUCGAUUCCGAAGAGCUUGAGGACAAAAAAAGGGAAGGAAAUCGAACUGGAAUGCGAGGAUAAUUUCGAGAAAUGGAAGCAGAAUCAGCCUGCAACAAUGAACGCGUUCCAUUUGAUAUCCCUAUCGGAAGGGUUCGACUUGUCGCCACUUUUCUCUGAUAAGAGAGAAGAGAAAGAGGAGAUGAGGUUCGCGACGGCCAGGCCGGCGAGCAGCGUGAUAUCACGGCUAGAGGAGGUGGCGAGGGCAGAGAGAUUCAACGUGAAGAAGGGCGACAACAUGGUGAGGCUGCAGAGACAGGAGUGUGGACGAAAAGGGAGGCUGGCAAUCGCGGCGGAGAUAUACGCCUUGACAGCGUCGCUGGCGGUGGUGGAGGUGAAGAAGGAUAACGGCGAUACCUUGGAGUACAACCAGUUCUGCAGCAAGGAGCUCCGACCCGCACUGAAAGACAUUGCGUGGACAUCACCGUCCGAUAGCCCGACCCAAAUAAACUCAUAGUAGAAUUGUCGUUUUAGGAGUCAGUGAUCGUCGUUUUAGCGAAGGUAAUUAUUGUGAUCUUCUGAUUUAAAAGAAGCCCAAGAAGCAAUUAGCGGGGAUUAAAUGUUUAAAUAUUUUCUGUUUUGGUUAAUUAUUUCUCUUAUUUAAUUAUAGCCCUUUGUGUUGUGUGAUUUCAUUCCGAAAGGGCAUGUGGGGAAUCCCCAUGAAAAUUGGAAAGAAAGAAACAAAAAUGAAUCAACGACUUUUGCUGUGUUGAUGAUUCAUCAAUUAAUAUUUGGCUUUUGCCACUG